AUGAAUAGCAUUGAUAGUUAUUAGAGUAAAGCUACAAUUAAUGCACAAUCAAUUAUUUCCAAGAUAGCCACUCGGAAUGGAUAAGCUGACAAUUCCUCCUUGAUUGCAGCCUUGGAUGAAGAAACUGUUUCGGCUGCUUGGAAUGCAUUUGGUCUUCAUAUUUCAAGAUAAUUACGUAUGGGCAGAGGAGUGGCAGUCAAUAAAUUUGGAACUUUUUCAUUUAGUGCUCCAGAUGUAGUUUUGGAUGGAGUAACAAAUCCAGUAGAUCGAGAUAAGUAGCCUCGUUAACCAGUAUUCCUUGUUGCUAAAGAAUUCGUUAAUGGUUUUAAUCUCAAAACUGGCAUAGCCAUUGGUCGAUAAUUGAGGCCUUACAAAGUUUAAACAUCUGGAAAAAUUUAACAUGCAAUUGUCAAUUGGGCUGAGAUUGCACUCUAUGCCUCAUAGAAUAAGGACUCUGCUAAGAUGGCUGUUGAAAGAGUGUUAAAAUCAUUAUCUGAUAUUGUGCGCAACAGAGAUGUAGUUGAAGUAGAGAUUCCAUGUGUUGGAACCUUCUUUGUCAAAGCUCAUUCUGCAGCUGUACAGUUCCUUGAAUCUUUGAUGGAUGGCUGCAAAGAAAUAACCAAACGACCCUUGUCAGAAAGAAAAUCAAAGGGAGACAUGAGACUUACUCAAUAAUACUUGCAAUAAUUAAGCAAAAGUUCCCAUCCAGAGGAAAAUAAUUUUAUAAUUGAUGACAAUGCAAAAAAUUAUCUCACUAAUUCAUUAGGAAUUGAAUUGCCAGAAACUAGACCUAAAACAGCCAAGCACUCCUAAUAUUCAUCCAAAAAAGGACCUUUAAUGAGUAAAACUGUAAAUUUUAGCCUUAUUGUUCAUUAGAUUGAUGUUAGACCAUCUACACAGCAAAACUCAAGAGUAGGAUUUUCCAGAUCUGUAAAUGAUAAAGUAUAUGCUCUUGAAAGAUUGAAAUACUACAUUCGAGAUCAUGCUUUAAAUAUAGAAGAUUCAUUUUUAGAUCUCUGUCAAUAAGCCUUUGGGAAAACUAGUGAAAGGAAGGUUCGCAUGAAUUUUGAUGACUUCAAAAGAGCUGUCCAAUAGAUUUAGUUGCCUCUCAAUGAAAUUCAAAUUAUUACAUUAUUUUAGACACUCGAUGUAAAUAAUGAUGGAUUUAUUGAUAAAUUUGAUUGGCUCAAAGCAGUAGUAGAUAAAAAAUCUCAUGUGAAUUAUAUCAAGGAUGUAGUCUUUAAAUUCUAAAUUCACACUGAUGAUUUAUUGCAAAGAAUGAAUUUAAAUAGAGAUCAUCCACCAAUUAACCUUCAGUAGUUGAAACUAGCAUUAAUGCAUUUAGAUGAAUCAUUAAAUUAACAUAAAGCUCUAAAAGUGGCCAAGGAAAUUUUGGAUGGAAGAGAAACCAUCAGUAUGAAUGACAUAUUAAUACUAUUUAACACUGUAGAGGAAGAGGAUAAGUUAUAUGAUCUUUCGUGGUUCAAAGAUACACUUCAUAAGAUGAGAGAUCAUUUAAUUAAUCCUUAGAAGUUGAAAGUAUUCAGAUAAUCGUUUGAAUAUUUUGAUGAGCAUCAAGAAGGUAAUCUUGAUACAGCCAACUUUAAAACUGUAUUGAUGGAGAGUUAGCUGGGUUUGAAUGUGCAGGACAUCAAUAGAUUAGUUCGAUACCUUCCAAAGAAUAGAGAGUCUCUGAUAAAUUACUAUGAUUUCAUUUAGAUGAUAAUGGAUGUCAAUAAACAAAUGGAUUAAAAAGAUACUGCCAAAGACCUCAUUGAUUUUGCUUAGAAAAUAAGCAAGUAUCUGGCUCAAAAAAAGUUUAGUGUCAUACAAUUUUUAUAAUAAGUGAAGUCAGGAUAUGGGUCAUGUAAUGUUGAAUCUACUGCUUAAUAUCUUGAAAAAAAUAUCUUCACACAAUUGCCACAUGAGGAAUGCUUAGAAUAUUGUAGAGAAAUGGAUGUUGAUGCAAAUGGAGUUGUAAGUGAUGAAGAUAUGAAUAUUUUCAUUAAACGAUAUUCGUAUUUCAACAUUAGAAAAGAUCUAUCUCAAAUCGAUUAAAUUGCUGAAAGUAUGAAAAUCAAACCUUAAUUUGGUGAUACCCUAUCGGCCAUUGAGAAAACUUGUGUUUAAUCCAAAUCUAUUGACUUGGUUACCAUGGGGCAAAAGAAAAUGUUUUAGUCUUUAGUAGAUGGAAUGAAUUAAUAAAAAAGUCUUUUCCCCAUUGAAGAAUUGCCAGAAGCCAAAUUUGAUCAAAUUCUAAAGGACUUACGAAUAAAAUUAGCUAGGAAGGGAAUGUCUUAUGAAGAACUAUUCACAUUUCUAGACACUGAUCAUAAUGGAUUCCUAUCAAUAAGUGAAUUUUAUAAUAUUGACAAAAUAACCACUUUGAGUCAACCUGCUAAGGAUGGAUUCUUUGCCUUUAUGGAUAAGUAGAGAAUCGGUUUGAUUGAUUUAAAUACCUUUGCAAAGUUUAUGGGCAAAUCAAUAAUAUAGCAGAUGCCCUAAUUAUCAGAAGAUGAUUGGGAUUGGGAGUUGGAAAUCCUAUUUAAGAUCAGAAAUUGGUGUCAAAGAGAGAAUAUUACUAUAGAGGAUGCAUUCAGAACUUUUGAUAAAGAUUUUGAUGGUUAGAUUAACAAAACCGAUUUAAGGACAUUCUUGAAAGACAUAUUGAAAAUAGAAGAGAAAGAGAUUACUGAAGCCAAAAUUAAUAGAUUGUUCAAAUUAAUGGAUUAAUAUAAGAGAGGGAAAAUAACAUUGAUGGAUUUUAGAAGAUUUGUAGAGGAAGGAUUCUUUUAUGGGAAAAACAAAUAAAUCUUUGGAUAAAAUGCUACUUUAGCUGCAAAAUAAUAACAAGAAUCUAGAUCAUCUUUUGAUUGGAAGAUGAAUGCAAGAUAACAGAUAGGCUUAAUAAUUAGCAGACAUUAUCCAAACGUGAAGGAAUCCUUUGAUAUUGUAUCAGGAUAUCGUAAGAAAUUGGUAUUCUAGAAAUUUAAAAAGUGGCUAGAUGAAAAAAAUGUAUUGGCAGGAUUUGAUUUGACAGAAAAGUUAGUUUAUGAGAUUUUUUCAGAUCUUGAUUCUCAUAAAAAAGGAUACUUGGUAGAAUCAGAUUGGUUGAAUGCAUUUGCUCAAUACAAUUGGUAAGACUAGAUGAUUAAGGAGAUCCAAGAUGCACUAUCAACUUACUUCUCUAGCAUUUAAAAUGCAAUCCACUAUUUUUAAAUGGAACACAGCCACAUCAUUACUAAAGAGAGCUUUUAUAAGGCCUUGUAAGCAUUAUUCCCAAAGAGAUUUGUAGAUGGAGAUAUCGAAAUUCUAUGGAAUAGAAUCUAAAAGAAUGGUUCAUUAAGUAAUCAAGCAUUUGCACUUAUAUUCGGGAAAGGUGGUAAAAUCUAUGAGCAACCUGAAGGACAAUCACAACAAUUGGCCAUUCGUCCAGCAACAUAAGGUGGACUAUCUGAAUUACCUUUGGAUGAAAGAAAUUAAGUUAAUAUCAGCUUACUAGAUAAAAUUCGAAGAUUCUUGAGAAAUUCAAAUAAAAACAUUAAUGAAUUAUUCAAAUAGUACGAUUCAGAUAACACUGGAUUCAUCACUAAUUUGGAAUUCAGAUAAGUCAUUCGAAGUUUGAAUAUGGGGUUGACCUUUUAGGAUGUCGAUAUAUUAUCUGCUAUGCUUGAUACUGAUAGAAAUAGCAUGGUCAACUGGAAGGAGUUUUCUAAGAAAUUAGAUUUUAGAUAAGCUGAUAAUAAGAUUCUUGAGAGAGCUGGUAUUCAUUUACAAAAAGUCAACGAUCACAUUUAUCAUUAUUUAUUGUCCCCUAAGGAUGCAUUCAGAUAAAUAGAUGCUCAACACACAGGGUUUCUUACCUUUGAUAAAUUUAAGGACAUGAUUGAAAUGUUAUAUAGAUUAGCUACCGAAGACAUUCCACCUUUUGCAAUAAUCAAAGACCUAUUUGAAUUUAUAGAUAAGAGAAGGGAUGGACAUCUUGAUUUGACUGAAUGGAUGGAUGCUUUUUCAAAGUUCUCCAAUCCUAACGAAAAGAAAAGACCCCUGAGUGCUAAUAUAAGAGUUAAGAAAAACUCUUAGAAGUCAUUAAUGGCCUAAACUGAUAAGAAUUGGUUAAACAAAUAAAGAUCACCUUCUCAAUAAUAAUUUGAAGGGUUGACGGAUGAUGGAUUGAUUAAUGCUGCCAAUAAAUUCAAAACAUUUCUCAGAAAGCCUCCUGCUAAAUAAAGUGCUCUUUAAUAUGUUGGUAACGUUUUGUAUCUUAACAAUGUAGAAAAUGGUAUCUGGGAGAGUUCAAAAGACUUUGAUAAAACUAUAAAUGCAAUUGGCAAAAAUAGAAAGUACCUUUUGGAAAUCUUUAAACAUUUGACAUCAAAUGGGUAAAUUCCAUUAACUGAGGAUCGCAUCAAAUAAGAGAUGGAUAAAAUGUUGAGAUCCUAAGGGAUUGUCGUCAGAGAUGAACAGUGGCCACAACUUAUCUCCUGGUCUAAGAAAAACGGUCGCAUUGAUUACAAAUUUUUGCUUGAGGUGUACAAAGAUCAUAGGGGGAGGACGAGUGAAUAUUUAUUAGACCAGUUGGCCAUAUUAUAAUAUUAAUUAAAUAAAAAUUUUAAAAAAAGGCCUUACCAGCUUUUUAAAAACAAAAGACUUCCCCAGAAUCGAAAAAUGAGCAGUAACAAAAUCCGAGUUUUAAAAAAGUCUUAGACUUACAAUAGCUCUAAGUGUCUCUUUGUUCCAAAAAAUAAGGAACGUCCAUAAUACUAUAUCACUCCACCUUCGAAAUAUAAGAACCCACUUACUAAUAUUGAGGAAUUAAAUAUUGAUUCUAACUGUUCGACUGAUAGCAGUCAACGAUUAGAAAAUCUAAGUCCUGUAUAUUACUGCCCAAAAGGAAAAGAACCAUGUGGUGAGUUGUAGGUAGUCCUAAAUGGUGACCUGAUAUAAGUGAUUUCUUAGACUAAAAGCAGAAAGAAAUCACGAAAAUUCAGUGACCAAGAGACCUAUGCAAUGAGUAAUUUCAUCGCUGGUCCUAAAUGUUAGGAGAUCCCUUGCCCUUAGUUCCUUUGAUGAUAUAUAUAUUAUCUAUAAUUUCAAAAUACCCUAAUCACAAUUUAAA